AUGGCUUUCCGUUUGAUUACCAAGAAUGCUGCAACUGCUGCCCUUGUUGCCCGUCCCACCUUAAUGAACGCUUCUCGUCAAUCUUUGGGUGCUACUGCUGUCCGUCACUUCACCACCAAAAAAGAAGAUGAGCCCAAGGAGAAGGCUAACAGCAUUAUCAACUCUCUUCCCGGUAACUCUUUCGUUUCCAAGACUGGUUUCCUUACUUUAGGUACUGGUGUUGCCACUUACUUGAUUUCUAAGGAAAUCUAUGUCUUUAACGAAGAAACCUUGGUUCUUGUCUCCACUGGUGCUCUUCUCGGUCUUAUCUUGAAGUACCUCAGAGAACCUUUCAACAGCAUGGCCAACGAGCACAUCAACCGUAUCAAGAGCAUCUUGGUUCAAGCUCGUGAUGACCAUAAGACUGCUGUCAAUGAGCGUAUCUCCGAAGUUGGACAAAUGAAGGAUCUUGUUGAUGUUACCAAGGCCCUCUUUGAGCUCUCUCGUGAAACUGCCAAGUUAGAAUCUGAAGCCUUUGUCUUGAAGCAACAAGUUGCUGUUGCUCAUGAAGCCAAGGCUACUUUGGAUUCUUGGGUUCGUCAUGAAGCUAACGUCCGUGAUCGCGAACAAAAGCAAUUGGCUGCUUACUUGAUCGAGAAGAUCAACAAGGACUUGCAAGACUCCAAGAUUCAACAACAAAUUCUUGAUCAAGCUAUCUUGGAUAUCCAAAGAAUUGCCAAGACCAACUAG